CCUCCUUCUCUAAGGCGAGACCCAACGUCUACCCAUUAAAACUGAUAGUAUUGUUGAGUUUCAGAAGAUUACUGCGGUAAUAAAAGAACAACAACGAUAGUCUGAUAUAGUGCAUAACACGUACAGGGAGGAUCGGUGCUAGGCAACAUCUGUUUUCUUCCGUGGUUUCAUCGCGGUCUUUGGAUCCCGUGCGGUAAAAAUAAAAAAAUACAGAUUGAUAUCCUGCGUCACGAUGUAUCACACUUUACGAAAAUUCGUGUUUACCGACUCGCAAUGCAUUGGGGGCGAAAGCACGAAAAGUUUCGAAGAGUUGUUUGAGAAGUUGGAUGUAAAUAAAGAUGGGAAAGUGGAUGUUUCGGAGCUGAAGACGGGCCUGGCUGCCAUGGGCUUUUCUUUGGGGAAAGGAGAAGCGCAGAAAAUUGUUGCCUCUGGAGACACUGAUAAGGAUGAGGUCCUCGACUUUGAGGAGUUUUCAAAGUAUCUCAAAGAACACGAAAAAAAACUCCAACUGACCUUCAAGAGUCUGGACAAGAAUAACGAUGGUUGCAUUGAAGCCAAAGAGAUUCAGCAGUCACUUAAAGUCCUCGGGAUAAACUUGUCAGAUAAAGAUGCAGAGAAGAUCCUCCACAGUAUUGAUGCGGAUGGAACCAUGUCUGUGGAUUGGAAUGAAUGGAGAAAACAUUUCCUCUUUAACCCAGCAGAUGACAUUCAGGAGAUCAUACGGUAUUGGAAACACUCCACUGUGCUGGAUAUAGGUGAUAGUCUAACUAUUCCAGAUGAGUUCACUGAGGAAGAGAAGACCACCGGCGUCUGGUGGAGGCAGCUGGUUUCUGGGGGUGUGGCUGGGGCUGUCUCUCGAACAGGCACUGCUCCUCUGGACAGAAUGAAAGUCUUUAUGCAGGUUCAUUCUUCAAAAUCUAACAAAAUCAGUCUGACUAGUGGGUUCAAGCAGAUGAUAAAAGAAGGGGGCGUGGCCUCUCUGUGGAGAGGAAAUGGAGUCAACGUCAUAAAAAUCGCUCCAGAAACCGCAAUCAAGUUCAUGGGUUAUGAACAGUUUAAGAAGCUGCUUACAAAGGAUGGUGAAAAAAUUCAGCCGCAUGAGAGGUUUAUGGCUGGAUCUCUGGCCGGAGCGACAGCUCAGACAGCCAUCUACCCAAUGGAGGUGAUGAAGACCAGACUUACUUUGAGGAAGACCGGUCAGUAUUCCGGAAUGUUUGACUGUGCCAAGAAGAUUCUGAAGAAGGAAGGAGUCAAGGCCUUUUACAAAGGCUACAUUCCCAACAUCCUGGGCAUUAUUCCGUAUGCAGGAAUAGAUUUAGCAGUGUAUGAGACGCUCAAGAAUGCCUGGUUGUCACGCUAUGCCAAAGACACUGCCAACCCAGGACUGUUUGUUCUUCUCGGCUGCGGAACCAUUUCCAGCACAUGUGGCCAGUUGGCAAGCUACCCCCUCGCUCUGAUCCGCACACGCAUGCAGGCACAGGCAUCUAUGGAGGGAUCGGAGCAGGUGUCCAUGACUAAGCUAGUUCGGAAGAUCAUAAAGAACGAAGGAUUUUUUGGGCUGUACCGGGGGAUCUUGCCUAACUUCAUGAAAGUGAUUCCAGCUGUGAGCAUCAGCUAUGUGGUGUAUGAAUAUAUGAGGUCUGGAUUAGGCAUUUCCAAAUGAUGCACGUCCACGUAUGUGAGAGAGGAGCGUCUGUGUGUGACGUCUUGCAUGUGUUUACACGCACAAAUGUUAUCCGCCUGUCCGUGAUGAGACAACAUGUUUUGCUCAUCAACCAAAGUGUAUUUUUCCAAAAUAUCAACUCUGGGGAAAAAGCCAUUUUGGUGUUUUGCACUGAGAUAGGUGCCCUUAAAGAAUUCAUGUUUACAUUGAUCUAAAAUACUAGUUUUAGUAGAAGUUUGAUCCAAUUUUGUCAUAUUAUUUGUUAUAAAAACCCUAGUUCUCUAUAGUUUACACAUUAUUUAGUUAUUUGUACAAACAGUCCAGUCCAGAUCCAGUCCAUGGGUGUGAUUUCAGUUCAGUGGGUUGACUUGAACAUUUUAAUGUAAUUUUCAAUCAAAUGUUUGUCACAUAUUGAUUCGUUUUGCACACUGUGACAAAGAGAUGUGCCUUAUAAUUUGUUCAGAAGUACAUGCAAGUUCCCUCGAUUGUACACUUUGGAAAUAAUGUGUUGCCUUUUAUCCUGAAUUUGUUUGUUUAAGAAACUCUUGUUUAUAUUAAAGGUUGUAUUUUAAUA